CCCACUGAAAAGAGAGCUAUGAAAGGAGCUUCACCUACAGAGUUCCUGGAGGUCCAUGUAGCUUUCGGGGGUUCUUACUUUUAACAUCAGAGAUUCAGCAUCCAGAAUUAGGGCUGAACUUAAAAUUUUCCACAAGAGGAAGAAACCAUGGAGAUCAGAGGGGCGCUGGCUCCGCUGAAAAGGCAAGUCCUGAUUCUCUUUGUUUUGUUGGGAUUGUCUCAGGCGCGUCUUGAAUCUUUGCGUUAUUCUGUGGCGGAGGAAACUGAAGUUGGCUCUUUUGUAGCCAAUCUAGCAAGGGAUCUGGGCCUAGGGGUCGAGGAACUGUCCUCACGGGAGGCCCAGGUAAUGUCUGAUGAUAACGAAAAACAUUUGCACCUGCAUUUGCUGACAGGGGAUUUGCUCCUAAAUAAGAAACUCGAUCGAGAAGUGCUGUGUGGCUCCACAGAGCCCUGUGUUUUGCAUUUUCAGGUGGUAUUAGACAACCCUUUACAGUUUUUUCAGGCUGAGUUGCAUGUCAAAGAUGUAAAUGAUCACUCCCCUGCAUUCCUGGACAAGGAAAUACUUUUGAAAAUCUCAGAAAGUGCUACUGUUGGAACGACAUUCCUAAUGGAGAGUGCCCAAGAUUUGGAUGUAGGAAACAAUGGUCUCCAAAACUACACAGUUAGCCCUAAUUCUCAUUUUCACAUUAAAACUCGACAAAAUGGUGAUGGAAAGAAAUACCCGGAAUUGGUCCUAGACAGAGAGUUAGAUCAUGAGGAGGAGAAUGAACUAAGAUUAACACUCAUUGCACUGGAUGGGGGAUCCCCACCCAAAUCUGGGACGACUCUGGUUCUUAUCAAGGUACUGGACAUUAAUGACAAUGCUCCAGAGUUUCCUCAGAAGCUCUAUGAGGUACAGAUCACAGAGGACACACCAGUGGGUUCCUGGAUUAUCACAAUCUCAGCUAAGGAUCUGGAUGCAGGAAAUUAUGGGAAAAUAUCUUACACAUUGUUGCAUGCAUCAGAGGAUAUUCGUAAAACAUUUGAAAUAGAUCCAAUAUCGGGAGAAGUUUAUUUAAAAUCACACCUGGAUUUUGAAAUAAUACAAUCCUACAGCAUAAAUAUUCAAGCGACAGAUGGUGGGGGUCUUUCGGAAGAAUGCAUCCUUUUAGCUAAAAUAAUAGAUAUAAAUGACAAUGCUCCAGAAGUUAUCAUGUCAUCAAUUACUAAGGCAAUUCCAGAGAACACCUCAGAGACCAUAGUUGCUCUUUUUAGUGUCCGAGAUCAAGACGCUGGAGAAAAUGGGAAGAUAAUUUGCUUUAUUCAAGAUGACAUUCCCUUUUUUCUAAAACCCACCUUUAAGAACUUUUACACUCUGGUUUCGGAAAAAGCACUGGACAGAGAAAGGCAAGCCGAGUACAACAUCACCAUCACGGUCACGGACAUGGGCACCCCCAGGCUGCAGACCCAGCACAACAUCACCGUGCUGGUGUCCGACGUCAACGACAACGCCCCCGCCUUCAGCCAAAGCGCCUACACGCUGCUGGUGCGCGAGAACAACAGCCCCGCCCUCGGCGCCGGGACGCUGUCCCACAGCUACCAGUAUGAGGUGUGUCUUUCGGGGGACGCUGGGACCAAUGAGUUCAAGUUUCUGAAACCGAUUAUCCCCAAUUUUCCCUUCGACGAAACUAGCAAAAAUAUGGAGGAAAAUGCGAACCUCCACAAUAGUUUCGAAUUUAACAGCACCAUGCAGUCUGGAGAGGGAAGCCCUCAGCGGAUAAGGCAAGUGCUGCUUUUCUUUGUUUUCCUGGGAGGGUCUCUGGUGUGUUCAGAGACCCUGCACUAUUCUGUGGCAGAGGAAACAGAAAUUGGCUCCUUUAUAGCAAACAUGGUGAAAGACUUAGGUCUAGAUGUGGAAAAACUGACUGCAAGGGGUGCCAGAGUUCUCUUUGAUGACUAUAAACAGUAUUUGUGGCUGGAAACCCAAACUGGUAACUUGAUCAUAAAUGAGGAACUGGACCGGGAAGCACUUUGUGAUGUCACUGAGCCUUGUAUAUUGCAUUUCCAGGUAUUAUUUGAAAAUCCUUUGCAAUUUUUUCGGGCUGAACUUUGGGUCAAAGAUAUAAAUGAUCAUGCUCCCAUGUUUCUGGACAAACAUAUACUUCUAAAAAUCUCAGAAGGUACUUCUCUAGGAACCUCAUUCCAAAUGGAUAGUGCUCAGGACUUGGAUGUAGGAAAGAACAGUAUCCAAAACUAUACUUUAAGCCCCAACCCCCAUUUCCACCUUAAAUUACAAGAUAAUUAUGAUAGUACAAAAUACCCAGAGCUGUUACUACAACAAUCUCUGGAUCGAGAGGAGAAGCCUGAGCUUGAACUAAUGCUAACAGCCUGGGAUGGUGGGUCUCCACCCAGGUCUGGUACUGUACUGAUUCGUGUUUUGAUCUUAGAUAUUAAUGACAAUGCCCCCCAGUUUGAGAAGUCCCUUUAUGAGGUUCAUGUACCAGAAAACAGUCCUUUGGACUCUUUGGUCACUAAGGUGUCUGCUACAGAUUUAGAUGCUGGAAUAAAUGGAGAGAUAUCUUAUUUAUUUUCCCACGUGUCCAGAGACAUAAGGAAAACAUUUGAAAUCCAUCCCAUUUCAGGUGAGGUUCAUUUAAAAGCACUUUUGGAUUUUGAGAUAAUUCAGUCCUACACAAUAAAUAUACAGGCAAUGGACGGUGGGAGCCUUUCAGGAAAAGCAACCAUUUUAGUUCGCAUUGUAGAUGUAAAUGACAACCCACCAGAAAUAGCCAUGACAUCGCUGAUCAGUCCCAUACCAGAAAAUUCAUCACCUGAAAUGGUGGUUGCAGUGUUUAGCAUAAGAGACCAGGACUCUGAGGACAAUGGGAGGAUGGUUUGUUCAAUUCAGGACAACCUUCCCUUUCUCUUGAAGCCUACCUUCAAAAAUUUCUACACCCUUGUAACGGAGCAUUCCCUGGACAGAGAAAGCCAGUCCGAAUACAACAUCACCAUCACGGUCACGGACAUGGGCACCCCCAGGCUGCAGACCCAGCACAACAUCACAGUGCUGGUGUCCGACGUCAACGACAACGCCCCCGCCUUCAACCUGCCGCUGCCCGACGCGGCGGCGCCCGACGCGCAGGCCGACCGGCUCACCGUCUACCUGGUGGUGGCGCUGGCCGCCGUGUCGUCGCUCUUCCUCCUGUCUGCGCUGGCCUUCGUGGCGGCGCGUGUGUGCGCGAGGAGCGGGGCGGCGGCGCGGGGAGGCUCGCCAGGGCCCGAAGGCCACUUCCCGGGCCACCUGGUGGACGUCAGCGGCGCCGGGACGCUGUCCCACAGCUACCAGUAUGAGGUGUGUCUUUCGGGGGACGCUAGGACCGAUGAGUUCAAGUUCCUUAAACCUGUCAUCCCCAACCACCCAGCCCAGGGCACUGAAAUGGAGGAAAGUAACGCCUUUCUGAAUACCCUUGGGUUUAAUUAAGGAUCUGAUUAAGAUGCAGAAGUUUUAUGUAUAGUACUACUACUUUGUGAAAAUAUAUGAAUUGUAAUGUGUGGUUCUUUGAAGGUAUUAUUUUACUUAAGAGUUUCAGAAAAUCAACCUUCUAAGUUUAUUUUCUGUUCUUUUUGUUAACUGUGGGGAAAUUAUAGGAGCUAGGAUUUACUUUGUUUUUCUUCCAAAAAGCAACCUCACAGAAUUUGUCCAAUUUACUGUAUUUUCCCUUCAAACUUUAUUGUUUGGAGUUAUAUUCUUUGAGUGGUCUGUGUUUUAGCACAAUUUUUAUGUUGAAUAGUAUUAUAGAUGAAAAUGCAAUGUAUUAAUAAAAUAUAUUUGCUUUAUCAUC